CGCCCCCCGUUGCUGCGCGCGCAGACCCGGAAGACAUUUGCAGCCACUUCCGGGGAGAGUCGGAAGUCGUUACGGAUGCGGCAGAGAGUGGGCAGGGCCGGGAGGAGGGUGCGGUCUCCGCGCCCGCGGUCCGAGUGGCCCCCAGCAGCGCAGCCGCUGGCGACAUUUGGCUGGUGAUUCUGUGUCUUUGCUGCCUGCCAGAACUUCGUUCGCAAUUAAGGAGACGGGCCCCGCGGGGAAGGGGACUUGCCCGGGGUCGCACAGAGGGAAGGGUGCCGCUUGAAGCCACGCCUGGAACGGUCGGCGGGACGUAGGCCACAUGGCCGCGCCUCCGCAGCCACAGUGCGCGCACCGGAGCUGCCUGCCGUUCGGAGGCCCGGUGGGCAGCUUGUCGCACGUCGACCUCGCCCUGGCGGCGGAGGGCGGCCCGGCUCCUGGAGCCGCAAGCGUCCGUUCUGUUCGCGGACGGCCCGCCGGGACGGGUGGGUCCCCCGGGCCCGCCUGGGCUCGCCCGCUCCAGUCACUGCCUCUGCGGCCCCGGCACCGAAUGCAGGAGGUACCCGGCUUCGGCUUCGUUUUGCGUGUGUUAAACAGACUUCCUUUCCUCAAGGGCAGAAACGACCAGGGUUCAAGCCGGUCUGCAGCUCAGGUGAGCGGCCGCUCCACGCCUCACCCUUCCUGUCUAUACGGCGGGCACUCUGGCUGUGCCUACGGCGCACGGGGCCCAGUAGCCGGCUGGCCCUCAACAGCUGCACCCGCUACCGCUCCUGAGGGGACACGGCACGCGGACAGGUGGCACCAACUGGGACAAGGCCCGGCCGCACCGAGCUGGAAGAGUCCCAGGCCGGGGGCCACACUGGGACACGGGGGCUGGUCACUGCCGCCCUGCCUCUCAGCUAGACUAACUACCCCAGGUCGGGGAGCCACGGGACAGGGGCCGCGGCCUCCCCGGCACCCCCUCGCCUGGUCCACACCCAGCCUGCUGGCCUCCCGGGGUCUGGCCGUACUGCAGCCGACCGGCUCUUGGCUCAACCAGGGAACCUCUUGCAGAGAAGAGGACAGCAGCGGACCCAGCAGAGGGACCCUGGCCCCAGACCUCACCUGACUCAGGCCGCCAACACCCGCAUCUCUCCCGAAGGCAGUGUAUGCGCUUCGCUCGCUGCCCUUGCCUGGAAGAGAAAAGACUCACUGGGAGCUGACCCCGGGGAUGGCGCGUCCCAACGGCUGACCCACCACCAGGCACGUGCCUGCACAGAGCAGUCACCGGAUCAGUGCGCAACACCAACAGGGCUUUGGAGGAACCCUGGUCCCCCUGUCAGGCUCGGGGACAAGCAGAGGUCUGGAGAGACGCUGUCCCAAGAUGACCUACAGAGGAUUUGGUGAACUGCUGGGGGCCCCCGCGUGUGCUGCCCCCGAGGGGGGACGGCAGGGAUCUGCACUUGGCCUUCGCUUUCUCCAUUCACGGUCCCGAGGCAUCCACUCCGCAGAGUGCUGGGCUCCCAGGGGACAGGCCGGGGUCCCGUGCACCCGCAAGGUUCAGCACCAGGGCCCUGGGCUCCACCCAAGCUCCUGAAGAGCGUGUGGCGGCCCCUGUGUGGGCAGGCAAGGCCCGGACCUGUGGGGACGCAGCCUGCCCAUCGGUACCGAUGUCAACGGAGGCCUGGACCUACCACUGACCUGGCCUCGCGGAGGCAGAGGCCCAGGCUGAUCAGGACCCGAGCCCCUUAAAGCUGAUUCAGGCUGAAGCUGGGCGCUGGUGACGACUGAGUGGAAACCACAACCUGCCUUGACGUGAGUGAGGGAUUCAAGUGCUCAGCCGACUACUGGAUUUCCUCUCAAGCUACAGGAGAACGUUCCCCAGUUCCUUUAUACAGAACUACAAUUUCAGCCCAGCUCCUGGAGCAGGUGCUGCUGGGGGGAUGCCCCACGGGCUAUGUCCCCAGUCCCACCUCCCCAAGACCCAAGAGGCCAGAGGGGGGGUCUGUCCCGGUCCCGGGAGCGAACGGUGGUGCCCUGGCUCCCGUGCCCCCGGGGUCAGCAGGGCAACAAGGCCACGGCUCUGGGCUCGGCCCAGGAAGGCGGCUUCCCUCCCAGACUCUCAGCUCCCCUGCAACAGGAGCGGGUUGGGGUCCGGGCCCUGCGUACAGCAGGCACCAAACAGGGGCUUCCUGGGAGGCAGGACGAGGCUGGAGAGGUGUGGCCACGAGCCCCUCGGGCCCGGAGAAGGGACCUGAAGCUGUGCGCCGGGCCCGCACAUCAGGGUGGGAGGACCGCGGCCUCACUGCGGAGCUGGACCAGGCUGACAGCGACAGCAUGAAGCCCAGGGCGGCCUGGGUGCCACGUGCUGGGACUGGGACACAGCUGGGCUCUGGGCCCUGGUGACCAGGCCUGGCCGUGGGAAACUGCCCACGUCAGGAAGAAGCGGGAGGAAGCAACAGGCAGAAGGGAACCGGCGUCCCGGCAGGUGCACAGGCCACCCGAGGCCAGUGCUGGGCCAGCCUCCACCCUCCCGGUCUGGGAAACGGGCAGACAGCGUGCCCUCGGACGCUGCCCCCCGCUCCCUCCACAGGCGCCGCGCACCGUCGUGGGGACGUGCACGGCCACCUGUCCACCCAGGCCCCGCGGGUCCCAGGGGCCGGUACGGAGGGCUUCUGUGAGCAUCCCAAUCCCACAGUCGGGACACCGAGGGGACAGUACCCCCCUGGGUUCUGGGGGGGGGGGGACCACCUCCGUGAGUCGCCGGGACCCCCGAGCCCAUUCUCCCAUGGGCACCAGGCCAUAACCACCUGCGUCCUCUGCUCCAGGAGAGCCCCCUGCAGCACGGUGCCUGGAGUGUGCCGGCCACACCCGGGGGCCACACUCGAGCACGGGGGGGGGAGGGGACCGCGUGGCACACUCACCCGCGAGCCCAGGUCCCAGGAAUGUGGACGGAGACAGGCUGUCGUGGGGCUCAGGGAAGUGCGUGCCUUCGCCGUAGGCCUGUGGAGAGACACGCGGGCGUGAGGGGAAGCAGGCGGCUAGUGAGUGCCCGACUUGGGACUUGAACCCACGUGUCUGAGCCCAAAGCCACGGGACACCAGGCUGGCACGUGACUUCCCCGUGAGCCUCAGUUUCCCAUAUACUCCCCACGGUGGAGAGGAGAAAGCCAGGUCUCAGGCCUCACAGAGGUUCCUUACCCGGCU